UAUAUAUAUAUGUAUGUAUAUAUAUAUAUAUAUAUAAUAAAGUGAGCGGUAAAUCAAGAGAGAGUGAAUGAACGAGAGAGAGGGAGGAUGGAUAAGAACGAAUUAUUUAGUAAACGGUAGGAAAGUGGGAGUCUGAAAGUGGUAUACAGCGGCGGUUCACAGUUUUGCCAGUCUCUCUUUUAUACACUAACUCACUGCUUCUAUUAUACAUAUACACUUGUGAUAGGCAGAGAUAACCAGCCAUCUUGCUGCUGAUCAGAGCCGUCUAGUUGAUCGAGGGUUUGUUUCUGAGCCUAAAUAUAGAACUACUGUAACAGCGAACUAACUCAUUUCACUCACCUGCUGCCAUUACUUGCUUUAUACAUUUUAUAUUCGUUUUUAAUUUUUCUCUGUUGGUUUUGCUGUGGCGUUUUAAUUUUACCCCCUCUGUUGUCUAGUCAUUGUUUUAACCGAAGACUCACUUUGAAAUUAAUUGACAUUCAUCUGAUCGCACCUACACUUGUACAUAUGUGAGCAGUCAACGAAGCCAAGGAUACUAUUUUAUAUAUAUAUAUAUAUAUACAUAUAUAUAUAUAUAUGAUACACAGCAAGAUAAAAAUAUAUAUAUAUAUGUAUACAUUAAUCUUGUAUACUAACAUAUUUCUGUGACCCCAACAAAGAAAGAAAAGCAAAUGCGAACCAAAUGAAGAAAUUCGAAAGAAGGAAUUAUAUACCUCUACGUUUGAAAUGCAUUUCACAUCAUGUUACGAAAUACAAAAGAAAAGAAAAAAAGAUUAUUAACUUCUUCGUUACAAAAUAUGCUAACUAUUAAUUAGUAAUAUUAAUUAUAGACAUAUCUGUAACAGCAACAACACAAAGAUCCUUUAACCGAUCAGGAUGAAUUAAUAAUUAACACAAACGUGGAAACAUUCAUUCAUAUAUAUAUAUAUAUAUAUAUAUAUAUAUAUAUAUAGUAGAAGAAAUCAACCGAAGACUGGAAACCUCAUUAAAGCUAAACCACAUAUAAACUCUGCUGUUAAAUCCUUUUAAUGAACACCAGCUGUCGAAGAUCUCUUCCGAAGUGUCAAAUACAGGAAAAUCCUGGGUCAAAAAAAAAGGAAAAACCACGAAAGAUUCGUCAGCCUUUGUAACCUAAAUCAGCCACCAGCACGAUAGUCAAACCAUAAUCAGUGUCGAUAUUUUCUUAUCGACAUCAGUGUCUCAACUUUUUCUGCCAUUGCGCAGCUAACAUUUUAAAACAAGGAUCCUGGCCUCGGAAUCCGCCAAAAUUGCUCCGACAAGUAUUAAAUCCGCCCCGCGGUCCUCGGAGGCGUCACGCCGGAGGAGCAGCGUGGGCACCGCAGAGGAUGACUCGGAUACCGACAGAUCUGAGUCAAAGAAAGCUCUAACCGACCCGUUGACGGCAACCCUGGAUUCGCCCACCAGUCAAAGUGCAAAAACGUCCAGGACGGCCUCCACAACGGCGAAGAGCAAAGCAUCAAAGACAGAGAAGCGGGUGCGAAUGUCCUCGAGGCGUUCCGCCAACUUCACUCACCACGAGAAAGAAAUUCUUCUAUCAUUGAUGCAAACAUAUCGACAUAUUGUCGAAGACAAGCGGACAGAUGGCAUCAUGGUGAAAGAGAAAAAUGCCGCCUGGAUCGAAUUGACCAAUAAGUAUAAUGCACAGAACGAAGUAUGGACUCGAUCGGUUAAACAACUUAGGCAAUGCUGGAAAAACUUGAAAAGCAGAGCCCGAAUUGAUCUCAUGCGAGUGAACUUGCAAACGACUACUUCCGAUUCGGACCCUAAUUCAGUGCGACUAAAUUUGGUUCCGCUUAAUAACGUUUCUAAACCCACCGACAACUCAAAUCAUAGCAGUAACAAUAUCAACAACACAACUGUGAGCAUCAUCAAUAGUAACAACACUAGCAACAACAUUAACAGUGCAAAUAAUACUACUAAUCCCCCCAACAUUAUCCUCAGCAGUAUUCUAAACAACAACAACAACAGUAACACUAUUAAGUCAGGUUCGGUUCCGAGCUACGGUAGCCAACUCCAAGCUCUGUCGUCAACUACUGGUUCCAACAGUGUAGUUGGCCUGUCGCCCUCAUUACUCCGCGGUGGUAGUCUAAGUAACAGACCCAACUCCAAGACUAGCGGCAGCAAGAAGCGGAAGAAGAAGAAAGUGGUACUGGACGAUGUGAGUAGCAGGAACUUCGCUACUAACGACAACAACAGCAACAGCAACAGCAGCAGUCGCAGGCAACAGAGGUUACUGACGGUUUCUUCUGCCACUAUCGGCGUGGAAAGAGACGAUGUAGAUGACGAAGACGAUGCCGAUGACGACGAUGAAGAGGACGAUACUGUUGCUGUUUUAGCUGCUGUGAACGACGAUGACAGCAACACAAUCGGGGCACGGCGGAGGCGACGUCGCCGCCUCCACCCCACCAGUAAAUCUACGUCCAUCAGCGACGGCGCUCUGGUCGAUGUGGCCGACGAAAACGAGGAGUUUGAUGAAGACGAAGACGAAGAGGAUGAAGACGAGGAAGACGACGUAGAAGGCGACGAGGUCGACGACGACGACGAUGACGACAUCGACGAUAGUGGAACCGUUGACGAUGAUAUCUACAAUGAUGAAGAUGUGCGAAGGAGCAGUCGGCAUCAUCGUUCGGGUGUGGCUGUCGACAGUUUCCAUGUGGAGCAAAACAGCGACCCCAGCAGUCAGCCAGGGCCCGGACAGGACGUUGAUCCGCUCUAUUCAGUGGAGAACCUGGCUGUUGUUUCGGUAUCGGGCAGCGCCGACCGCAUACACUUCCAGCACCAUGCCAACUCGCCGACAUCCGAUCUCCAGAACCAAACCGACGGCAACCUGCUGCAUUCACAUCACCCCCACCAUCAAUCACAGCAUCACCAACAGCAACAUCAACCACCACAUCUUCAUAGUCAAGUUAACAACUACCACCAUUCCAACAGACUAUCAGCGGAUUCUAUAACGCGAUUAGAAGAUGAUUUUUCUUCUACAGAGCCUGAUAUCAAAGUAUUCGAUUCCAUCCGAGGUUUUGGUAAGGUUUUACACUCGCAGUCCAGUUUCUCCAACCAAAUUGUGAACAACAAUUCUGUGAACUUCACUCCGUCCAUCAACUACUCCAGUGAUAUCAGUGAUUUAAAUGGCGUACCAGCAGCUUCUCAAUCGGGCCCACUCAUCGUCUCGGCUCACAGUGAAAAUGGCGGUCAGAUGCCAGCAAUCGAGCCGGUCCUCGUCGAGAAGGUCAACGAUCAUGACAUGCUGCUCGACGACCUCCGCAAGACAGAACAUGCGGAGAAAAUGAAAAACAUCCGGUUGGAACGGAAACUGAUCAAUGUAGAACACAAAGCACGUAUGGGCUUGAUUAAACUCAAAUCAGAAUACAUCAAACUUAAAAUGGACUUUCUGCUGCAAAAUAAAAGAUAAUUUUUGAAAAAAAACCCAAAAAACCCCCGAAACAAAAAACAACAACAACAACAAAAAACAUACGAAGAUGCAGCAAUAGCCUAGUGGUUUUGGAGUUCACUUCAAAAUCACAUUGUUCUAGGUUUCAAUUCCACUGCACAGCACUUUGGGCAAGUGUCUUCUUCUCUAGCAAUGGAUUCACCAAUACCUUGUGAAUAAAAUUCGGUAGACAGAAACUGUGCUGAAGCCCAUCAUAUAUAUAUUAUAUGUCUAUGUGUAUAUGUGUAUAGUGGUAUAGAAUGGUGUGUUGAGUUGGAUCCCAUUACAGCUAAAGAUAAAACUUAAACCAUUCGAUAACUAGAGGUCAAUGCAAUAUGUAUUAGUUUGAAGUAAGUUCUGGAGUCGAUGUUAGUGAUUGGAAAACCUUUCAGUGUUACCUUCACAAGGUUGUAAUCCAAUGAGUGAAACCGGUAAGAGAGUCUGUAAAUAAAGAUUGCUUAUACCCUUUAGUAUUCAGAUUACUCUAUCCAAUGUAAUGCUUAUUUAUUCACAUUGUUUUGAAUCAAUCUUGUUGCUUUGAGAUUUCAAAGAUAUGAUUGCUUAUCUUUAGAUUGACAUUGAAGGGUAGGUGUGAGAAGCAGGAUCUGGCCAGUUUGAAUGUAAAAGCAGGUCGAAUAUUUGGGCCAGAUAUAUAAAGCUGGCUGAAACGCAAAAGGAAGAAAUGUCAGUAACAGAAUAGCAUUGUAGUGUAGGUGUGAGAAGCAGGAUCUGGCCAGUUUGAAUGUGAAAACAGGUAGAAUAUUUGAGCUGGAAACAGCUGGCUGAAAUGCAGAAAGCACAAGAUAAUCUUGUUGUUUAUUAAUUAAUAGUUUUUAGAUGGUGGGUGGAUAGUCACUAAUACAUUUUGUUUCUCUCUACAAAAAGCCAUAACCACUACCGAUAACAGCUGUGUCUAGUUGAAAAUAUUUCUAAAUAUAUUUUCAUUUUUCAUCCAA